AUGCAAGAAUCUGAUCCAAAGGAUCAGACACUAAUUGAAGAAGAACCGGAGCCAUCAACAUCAAAGGCUCCAAUACCGGUUAAAGCCUAUUUUUUCGAUGCAUUAGCUCAAAUGCCGAGUUAUGCCAAAUUUAUGAAGGACAUUCUUUCAAAUAAAAGGAAACUCGAAAAACAUGAGACAGUAAUGCUAAUGGAAGAGUGUAGUGCUAUCUUUCAAAAGAAGUUACCACCGAAAAUCAAAGAUCUAGGGAGUUUUACUAUUUCAUGCACUAUUGGAGAUUUAAAUUUUAGUAAAGUUUUAUGUGAUCUUGGUGCCAAUAUUAAUUUGAUGCCUUUGUCUAUUUUCAGGAAGCUGGGAUUGGGAGAAGCCAAGGCCACCACUAUAUCAUUACAAUUGGCUGAUCGAUCAAUUAAAUAUCCUCGAGGUGUCAUCGAGGAUGUAUUGGUCAAGGUGGACAAAUUCAUAUUUCUAGCCGAUUUCAUAAUUCUCGACAUGGAAGAGGAUCAUGACAUCCCUAUCAUUUUAGGACGAUCGUCUCUUGCCACCGGCCGAGCUUUGAUUGAUGUGCAAGAGGGGCAGCUCAUUCUAAGAGUCCAAGAUGAAAAAGUUACAUUCAAUAUCUUGAAGGCCAUCAAAUAUCCAUCGAAAUCUGAUUCAUGCCUUCGAGUGGAUGUUGUUGAUCAUGUGGUUGCCGAGUCUUUUUACAGGCUUUCUAAGGAUCCUCUAGAAAUAUGUCUUGUUUGUCCUUCGGCUAUCAAAGAGGAAGAUCCUGAAGUUGAGCAUAUGGUACACUAUUUGGAGGCUACACCUUCUCGGUCUUAUAAGAGAGCACCAAAUUAUGAGGACUUGGAAAAGAGCUCUUCACCACCACUGCCAUCUCUUCAGUAG